AAGAUCAAACCUUUUACAGAAAAAAAGUAAGCACGCAGCUUCACUCGAAGACGCAACGGCGCAUUUUGAUGACGCAAUGCGGAAGUCAUUAAUACUUCUUUUAAUGUCAGGGCGAUGGCGAACGGAGCUUCGGUAAAAGCGCGAGUGCUUCUUCAGCAGUGUUUACACGCGAAACUUCAGGUGAAGCCUGCAGACGAGGACUCUGCAGCAGAAUGGGUUGAGAUAAACCGUGGAAUGGUCAUCUACAUUUGCUUCUUCAAAGGUGCAACUGAAGAUAUGAUCCCCAAAAUGGUGAACACCCUCCUCAAUGUAAAGCUGUGUGAGACUGAAUCUGGGAAAUACACCUCAGUUGUUGAUCUGCCUGGCAGCAUCCUCAUAGUACCUCAAGCAACACUGGGAGGCAAAGCCAAGGGGAAGUGCAUGCAGUACCACAACAACAUUGGUAAAGAGGAUGGCCAGAAGCUCUAUGACAGUUUUUUCUCUCAGUGUGAAAAGGAGCUGAGUUCCUCCUCCAAGUGUUCUGAGGCUGGCACUGAAGUCAAACACGGGACUUAUGGAAACAGACAAGUCCUGAACCUGGAUACAAAUGGACCUUAUACUCAUUUAAUGGAGUUUUAAGAACUUUCAAAUUUAAACAACUGUUUUUGAAUCUGGAAGUUAGACGUACAUCACUAACCAAAUGUUGCAAUCUUUUUUGUCUUAUAACAAAAGAAAGCUGUGAUUUUGUACAUUAUGAAAGAACAUGAUUUUUCUUCUUAUAUCCUAAUAAGGACUGAAUAAAAAUGGUAGAAAGUGUCA